CUCUGCUUGGCUGACAGUGUCUGAUACUCGGAACUACCUUGUACAUAAAGUCGCGGCAACCCAGCACUUCCAACUUUAAUUGUUCAUAACUGCUUCCGCCUCCUCCCCUUCUCCGCGACCCCGAACCCCGACGCUUGCCAACUUCCCCUCACGAACCUACCUCGCUCCUGUCCGUCUCCCCAACCAGGCCCCUUCAUCGUGACAAGCAGUAAAAGAGAGAGAAAGUGUAUGUGCGUGUGAGAGAGAAGAAAAAAGUCAUCAGACAGGUCCAUCACAUCAAAGCCGCCAUCAUGUCGCUCGCACUCGACGCAAAGAUCCCCGACUUCACUCACACCUCCACCGACGACAUUUACCGCCUCACAGACACCCUGCGCGCCACCUUCCGCUCCAACAAGACCAAGGACCUCAAGUACCGCGCCGUCCAGCUCCGGAAGCUCUACUGGGCCAUCAAGGACUUCACCCCCCAGCUCUGCGAUGCCCUGCGCAAAGACCUACGCAAGUGCAAGCAUGAGGCCCUUCUCUCCGAAGUCGAAUGGUGCGCCAACGACUGCCUCUACAUGCUCAAGAACCUCGAAAAGUUCGCCGCCGACGAGAAGUGCGAGGACGUGCCCCUCACCUACGCCAUGCUCAAGCCGCGCAUUCGCAAGGAGCCCCUCGGCAUGAUCCUCGUCAUCGGCGCCUUCAACUUCCCCGUCCAGCUGACCCUCAUCCCCAUCAUCGGCGCCAUCGCCGCCGGCUGCACCGCCGUCCUGAAGCCCUCCGAAAGCGCCCCGGCCACCGCCAUGGUCCUGACCAAGAUCUUCGAGACUGCCCUCGACCCCAAGGCCUACACCGUCGUCAACGGCGCCGUCGAGGAGACCCAGGCCCUGCUCGACGUCAAGUGGGACAAGAUCAUGUACACCGGCAGCACCGCCGUCGGCAAGAUCAUCGCCAAAAAGGCCGCCGAGAAUCUCACCCCCGUCACCCUUGAGCUCGGCGGCCUGAACCCGGCUUUCAUCACCAAACACGCCGACGUCAAGCUCGCCGCCCGCCGCCUCAUGUGGUCCAAGUGUCUCAACGCCGGCCAGGUCUGUAUCUCCCAGAACUACAUCCUGGCCGACCGCGCCAUCGUCGACGAUCUUAUCCAAGGCCUCAACGCCACCCUCAAGGAAUUCUUCCCCAGUGGCGCUAAGAACAGCCCUGACUUCUCCCGCAUCGUCAACAAGAAGUCCUUCCAGCGCAUCAAGAAGAUGAUUGACGAGACCAACGGCAAGAUUGUCAUGGGCGGCGGCCUCGAUGAGGAAAAGCUCUUCAUCGAGCCCACCGCCAUCCUCGUCGACUCUAUGCUCGACUCCGUCAUGAAGGAUGAGUCCUUCGGUCCCGUUUUCGCCAUCAUGCCCUACGACUCCCUCGACGACGCCAUCAACAUUGCGAACCAGGUCUACAGAACGCCCCUGGCCCUCUUCACUUUUGGCAACGACCAGGAGAACCAGAGGAUCCUCAACGAGGUGACCUCGGGCGGCGCCACCAUCAACGACGCCUUCUUCCACGCCUCCAUCGCUACCGUCCCCUUCGGCGGUGUUGGUGACUCGGGUACGGGCAACUACCGCGGCCGCGCCUCCUUCGAGGCCUUCACCCACCGCCGCUCUGUCGCCCAGACGCCCUCGUGGAUGGAGAAGUUCAUCCGCGUCCGCUACAUGCCCUAUUCCCCCAAGGAGCUCGCCCGUCUGCAGCGCAUGACGGCCGAUAAGCCCGACUUUGACCGCAACGGCGUGCAGAUCCGUGGGCUUGGCUACUGGGUGCGCUUCGUCGUCGGCCUCGGCGCCAGUGGUGCCAAAGGAAGAGAGGGGAGAGAGAAUGUCUCACAUACUUUCCAUCACCUGACCUCCCAAUGCCAUGUCAUCUUCCAUACACACACACACACACACACACACACACACAAAAACACACAAACACAUCCCGAUUCUCCAGGUGCGGAUCUGACAUACAACAUCACAUCACUUGCCCUGUGCGGUUUCCUUUAUCGUAAGUUUAGCCCUCCCCACUCAAUUAUGGAAUCUAUGGAGGAGGGCUUCAAAAAAGCUUGGAUUUGUACAACACACUCGCUAGGAGCAAUGUUGCCCGGGCGGUGCGAAAACGGGGAGAAGAAAUCUUUGGAAUGGACAACGUCUGUGAUUAGGACGCGCUUGUACGGUACUGUGUUAUAUACCAAGUUUCAUAUGUUCACGCAGUAGUAAUGCAAGGAAAAGCAACACGGCGUACUCUUAAU